AUGGGAACUAGUCAAAAAGAACAUUGGUAUAUUGACUAUAAUGAUUACUUUAAAGUAUUAGAUAAGCAUAAAAGUACUAUUAUCUAUCCUUAUGAAGAACAUUACCUUGAUAAUAUCAUGCCUUUUUUACGCACUAAAAUCCAUGACCUGAAUAAGAAUGAAGAUAUUAUUAAGAAAUAUUUUAGACUUUUAAGAAAUGAUCAAAUUUUUUCUUACUCAGCUCUGAAAAAAAAUUAUUGUAAAUAUAUUAACAUAUGGCUAAAUAAGGAAUACAGGGAUAAUAAUCACCAUAAAAGAAUACCAAAUUUUGAUUUUUUUAAGACAUUUAUAAGUAAAUUAAAUUAUGAAAUAUAUAAAAAUAAAACUACUACAUGUGAAAAUUAUAUAAAUCAUUUAGAUACGGAAACAAUUAGUAAAAUUGACUUUUUACAUAGUUUAUAUGAAGAAUAUAAUAAAAUUAAAUCUCCCAGAAUAACGGAUUUAAAUAAUACAUGUAGCAAAAUUGAUCUUCUAGCUAAAAAUUAUCGUGAAUCUAUAUAUAAAUAUUAUGAUAAAGAUAAAGAUUUAUAUAAUAAAUUAGAAAAGAUUAAAGAACUAAUUGAUAAAAUAACAGGAAAUGAUAAUUCUCCUUGUAAAAAGAAGAUAUAUUUCACAAAACCGACAGAACUUGAACACAUCCUAGAAGAACAAGCACGGACGGAGGCUGAGGAACGUGAAAAAGAGAUACGUCAAAAGGAAGCAGCCAGGAAGGCGGAGGAAGAAGCGAAAAAACUGCAGACAGAAAAAGAUCUCGAACAACAAAAAUUAUUACAGCCUAAAAAUUUAUUAACAACAUCACGCGAUAAUCAGUUACAGGAAUUGCAUCAUGACAAGGGGCAUUUCCAUUCCACUAGUUAUCGAGAACAAUUACCAGAAUUAGUAACUUCCCGAUUACCGAGACCUACACAAAGUUUUGAAUCUUUCGUAAGGCAAGAAUCAUCAACAGGAUCGUUAUUGGAGGAAGAUCUUACAAAAGAAGAUAUGGGACAAGGAGAAAUACUUUAUGAACAACGAGGUAGAGAUAAAACAAGAUCUGGUACAUUUUUGGGCUCAUUAGGAUUUCCAGGUUAUAUUACUGAAGUUUUAGGUUCUGUUGAUCCAGUACCAGUUGUUGGUGUAUCUGGUGGAAUGGGUGCUUUAUUUUUACUUUUUAGGUAUACACCUGUUGGAGCCUUCUUUAGAGGAGGAAGAGGACGCGUACAUAGAAUUCCCCGUAGUUUCAAUGGACAAUUCUUAGGAGGAUUUCCAGGAUAUGAAGAUUAUGAAGGUGGGUAUAUCGGAUAUGGUCCAAUGAAUCCUCUAGCGGAAUAG